GGACCAUGCUGUACUUCCAGGUGGUGAUUCUGGCGGCUGCGGUGAUGCUGGUUUACUACUUUGAGUUCACCGACACGUUCAGUCCAGCCGAGCAGGGCUUCAUCUGCAGAGACCCGGCUCUGAGCAGACCUGAUCCUGGAUCUGAGCAGUCCAGCAGCGUCCAGCCGGUGAUCCUGUACUGUGUGGUGGGCGGACUGCCGGUGGUGCUGAUUUCAGGUGUAGAGGUGACUAUCUUCCUCCUUCACUACAACCUGAACAACCUUUAUGACCAGGAGAAGGCCGUCGUCAUGGGAGACUGUUGCUACGUCAACCCCAUGGUGCGCAGGACCUUCCGUUUCCUGGGUGUUUACGUCUUCGGUCUGUUCAUGACAGACAUUUUUGUCAACGCUGGCCAGAUGGUGACAGGAAGUCUGGCUCCUUACUUCCUGUCUGUUUGCCGGCCCAAUUACACGGCUCUGGACUGUCAGAACACGGCACGCUUCAUCAGCCAAUCAGACGCCUGCACCGGUAACCCCGAUGACAUCAUGAGAGCCAGGAAGACGUUUCCGUCCAAAGAGGCAGCUCUGAGUCUGUACCUGGCUGUUUACCUGGCAGUGAGUUACCGUUCCAUCAGGUUACCUUCACCACUUAGAAAAACGUCAAUGCUUUAUUUGGACUUUUAUUGUGGAACUACUCUUUCCUGUCAGAUGUAUGUCAUGUCCUGUGUUGGCUCCAAUGGAGGUCGGCUGGCCGGGCCUCUGCUCAGUCUGUCGUUGGUCAGCGUGGCCGUUCUGACAGGAAUCAACAGAGUGGCUGAAAACCGAAACCACUGGAGGGACGUGAUCGCAGGACAAGCUGUUGGAGCUGCCAUCGCCGUCUUUCUGGUGGUGUUUGUGGUCCAGUACUUUAAAAAGAGACCUAGACUUCCUCAGAGUCCCUCAGACGCUGGAACAGCUGACACCGACGAGGCUUCACCUCAGAUCAACCACAGCAAGGACAACAGCGACAAAUAUGCUGUCGCACAGACUCCUGGAUCCUGCACAGAAGUCACAUGACUAUGACCUCCACCCCCACAGCAUGAGCGUGGGGGACAUGGACCUUUGUGUUUUCAGCUCAUCGCCUUCUUCAUCUGAAGCUGUCUGCUGCUUUUUGCAGCAUUUCAGAAUUAAUCAGAAAACACCACUUUAAUCAGGAGUAAUUAGUGUAAAUAGAGCAACAACAACAGGAGGAGGAUGUGGUUCUCUCAGAGGGAAAUCUGGAAGGUGCAUUUAAAAAAGAACUGUGGUAUUUAUUUAGGCAAGAUCACUGCUGUAAACCAGCUGUAGCAUUAAAUAUAGUCUGAUAUGUUAGUACAAUGCUACAUGUAUGUAAUAUAUUACUGCUAUUCAUGCAUCUUUAUUUAAACACUUGGAACUAAAGACAGCAUAGAAUAUCAUAGUAAUCGGUGAGUUAUAGGGAUCUGAAGGGGAAAACUGUAAAAUAACAGAAGUACAUUCAUGCUGGUUGUAUCUUUGGUGUGUGGUCAUAGUUUCUGUCCUCCUGUCAAAGCCUAUCGGCGUUCCACACAGAAACAACAUCUGCAUUUAUUGUUCCAACCAUUGAUCAGAUUCUGCAAAUCUGUCUUUAGAAACAGGAGAUCUCUGCUGCCAUCUGGUGGUGCGGUUGCUUCAUGGCCACUCCUAUUGAAACCCUGUGGUUUAUGGAAGAUCUUAGUCUUUUUGUCUUUUCAAAGGUGAAAAAUGAGGAAACAUCGACUUUCUUCUUUUCUACAUUUAUUUUCCACAAUGUAGAAGCAAACUGAAGCUACCAGCCCUGUGAAAUAACACAAAUAGACUUAUGUAUAUUAUAUGAUUUUUUUAACAAAAUACUUUAUCUUGGGCUAUAUAACACUAUUUGUCUAUUUCACUGAUGUCUUCGGUGUCCACUUAGGAUGAGGAGUGGCAUGUUUACAGGGAGUCCUGCAUCAUAAAUCCAAAAUUUAUGGUCAUAUUUUGUCUGUUUGUGGUCAUAUUUUGCCACUUUUUGGUCAGAUUCAGCCUGCUUAUGGCCACAUUUCUCUUCUUUUUGGUCAUGCUUUCACCGUUUCAUGUCUUUCAGCAGACACUUUAAAACAUAUAUUUAAAAAAAAGAUCAAUCCUUAAAUCUGUGCCCCAGUUUACCAAAGAUAAUUUUCUUCCUAUUUUCUCCUAUAGUGCUGUUUUCUGAAUUUUCUUGUCUGUGAGGAUGUCAUGUUUGAAAGCAUAGUGUUGUGAAUUACUUCAAACUCACAGGCCAGCAAAGAGAUUAUUGAUUUCUGAUUUAAAGGGUGACACAAAAAAAAAGAGCUUUUGAACAAUCCAAUAAAACCAAGAGUGAUGGAAGAAAAACAUUCUAUUCAUAGUAAUUGAAACCUUAAAACAUGCCAUUUAAGAAACAGUGAUGGAAUUUUCAUUUUUUAUAAUGAUUUCCUGUAGAUGGCGUCCUCCUGUACGAAUGCAUUCUUGAAAUCUACCUGGGUCUAUCUCAAGAGUAAAGAGUACACGACUCGACCAAGAACUCUGGAUGAGUUAAAACAGAGAAUUCAGGAUGAAUUUCACAGUAUCCAGCUGAGAUGCUGCAGCGAUCAAUGAGGAAUCUCAACAGCAGAUUUCAAGAAUGCAUUCGUACAGGAGGACGCCAUCUACAGGAAGUCAUUUUAAAAAAUGAAAAUUCCAUCAUUGUUUCUUAAAUGGCAUGUUUUAAGUUUUCAGUUACUAUGAAUAAAAUAUUUUUCUUCCAUCACUCUUGGUUUUAUUGGAUUGUUAAAAAGUUCCCGUUUUUUUGUGUCAUGCUGUAUUUACCGUGUUUUGUCUCUCAUGCAAUGUCCCAUGAUACUUUACCUACUGCCACAAUAAUGGGUUUUGCCGUUUGUUUAAAUAGGGACAGAAUUACUAUCGAUUAUAUAGCUUUAUUUAUCAGUAACUUGCAUCUGUGAUAUUGCUAUCAAGCUUCUGUGGGGGUUUACACUCUGUUGGAAGAAUUCUUUGAGACUUUAUCUGGAAAUUUGGAUGUACAAUAUAUUGUAUGAACUAUAUUACUGAGCAUAUAUAUUAUGAUGUAUAAACAGAUGUGUGGUGUUUUGCUUACCUGUGAUAAAAUGUUUUGUCCAGUGGUGAUUCUCGUCUGCUCUGAGAGUCAGGAAACAAAAAGAAUGGAUUAAUAAAAUGUUUUACAGGGGAA